AUGAUUAUCAAGGUUGGCAAGGCUCUUGAACUGAAACUCAAGUUGGAAUGCAUCCCAGAGCAGCUGUCUACCCUGCAAAGUUUACUGCUGCGUAGGGAGCCAAAACUCGCUGUAGAGCUGCUUAAAGUCAGUGUAGAUGGCACGAAGCUCCGCCUCCACCAUGAAUGGAUCCAUGACCAGCAGGUCCCCUUCAUGGUCACGGCCAGUCCGCACAGCUCUCCUGUGGACCGCCUGUCUCUCAGCAGCCCUCUGAAUUAUCACAAAAGGAAGUUUGUGGACACAGAACUGGCACAGGACAGUGAAGAACUUUUCCAAGACCUCAGUCAGCUGCAGGAGAUCUGGAUAGCAGAAGCUCAGGUGCCAGAUGAUGAGCAGUUUGUUCCAGAUUUCCAGUCGGAUAGCUGGACUUUUCAUGGUCCACCAGCAGCUGAAGUCAAGAGAGAGCAGAGUCCAUCCAAACACGUUUCUACCUGUUACCAGAACAGGCGCCUCCUGGCCUACGGAGACAAAUGCUUUUACAACUACAGAGCCUGUGACAGGAAGUCCACUCGCACAUUCAAGCCCUUGAGUCGUCCCUCCAUAACGGGCUCUCCGUUAUCUACUGUGCUUCUCCAACAGCCCACAGGAAACACAGGCCUUCCCACCCAACAGGAGGUCUACGUCCUCAGUGUGCCGCUUAUUGUGCCCUGUGCGCUGCUGAACCGGGAUGCCAGCGACUUCGGCACGGAGCCCAGGUUCCACAGGCAGACGUCUGAGCCAUGUCUACCUUUCCUCACGUCGUGUAACCUCAGACCCACACAGCUGGUACCUCAGGAUCCCCUUGGCAGCAGCGACCAUCUGCAGUGUGAUGAACGGCUACCAUGUCGUCGGCAGAUAUCCAAGCCCUUAGCAGCUCUGUCUCUGCAGAGAUUCAAACAAGAACCUCGCGAUCAACAUCACUCUGAGCAGGGGGUCCCCACCAUGGGCCCACUCUGUCCCCCUUCUGGCCAUGCCUACCCAGCCACUUUCCACCCAGUGACCAUUAAGCAGGAGCUGCGUGAGUUCUAUGUUGAUUCAGGUAGUUACAGGCUGUUUGGUGUGCUGAGGAUGCAGGUGUUCCUCCUCCUGCUGUUGGCAGGGUGGAGCACAGUGCAGAUUUCCAUCUUCUUCCAUCCACAGGCAGUCAAACAGGAGCUGACGGGCCUCCGUGAGGCGCUGCCGUACCAGCGGCAUGGUUCCCUGCAGCUGUGGCAGUUCCUGGUGAGUCUGCUGGAUAAUCCAGGCAACAGGACCUUCAUCGCCUGGACUGGUUGUAGUAUGGAGUUCAAGCUGAUCGAGCCAGAGGAGGUGGCUCGGCGCUGGGGCGUCCAGAAGAACAGACCGGCCAUGAACUGCGACAAGCUGAGCCGCUCUCUGCGCUACUACUAUGAGAAAGGCAUCAUGAAGAAGGUGGCUGGUGAACGGUACGUCUAUAUGUUUGUGUGUGACCCCAUGGCUCUGUUCUCUAUGGCCUAG